CGCUGCCCUCGGCGCUGCGCCUGGCCCCGGCACCUACCUCCCCCCUCCCCACCUCGCCGCCGGCGGGUGGAGUCGGGCUGGAGCAGCCGCUCUCCUCUGUUACCCCCUAACCCCCUAUAAAGAAAAAGAAAAAAACAGAGAGAGAGCGAGCGACCGGCGGCUCGGCAGCCAUGGGGCACGGCGUCAGCUGCGCCCGCACCGGUGACGAGCACGACUACUUCCGCGCGGCGCAGGUCGGGGACCUCGAGGCCCUGGAAGCGCUCCUCGACGCUGACCCCUCCCUUGCCCGCCGCGCCACGCUCUACGACCGCCUCUCCGCGCUCCACAUCGCCGCCGCGAAUGGCCGCCUCGAGGUGCUGUCAAUGGUCUUGGAUCACGGGGUGCCGCCGGACGUGGUGAAUCGGCACAAGCAGACGCCGCUGAUGCUCGCGGCGAUGCACGGCAAGACCGACUGCGUGCUGAAGCUCCUGCAGGCCGGCGCCAAUAUCCUCAUGUUCGACUCCCAGCACGGGCGGACCUGCCUGCACCACGCGUCCUACUUCGGCCACGUCGGCUGCCUGCAGGCCAUCCUCACGGCGGCGCGGACCACGCCGGUGGCCAACUCAUGGGGUUUCGCUCGGUUCGUCAACGUGAGAGACGACCACGGCGCCACGCCGCUCCACCUCGCCGCCAGGCAGGGCCGCCCCGGCUGCGUGCAGGCGCUGCUGGAGAACGGUGCCAUCGUCUCCGCUUUGACCGGCUCAUACGGGUUUCCUGGUAGCACGUCGCUGCACCUCGCCGCUCGCAGCGGGAGCCUGGAUUGCACCCGGAAGCUGCUCGCCUGGGGAGCGGAUCGUCUCCGGAGGGAUUCAGCAGGGAGGAUCCCUUACGCCGUGGCGCUGAAGCGCAACCACGAGGCGUGCGCGGCGCUGCUGAACCCGUCGGCGGCGGAGCCCAUGGUGUGGCCGUCCCCGUUCAAGUUCAUCAGCGAGCUGGAGCCGGAGGCCAAGGCGCUCCUUGAAGCGGCGCUGACGGAAGCCAACAGGGAGAGGGAGGAGAAGAUCCUCAGGGGCACCAAGCACUCUCCGCAUCCUCCCACCUGGGACCACGCGAGCGACGCCGCCGACGCCGACGCCAUCGACGACGCGUCCUCAGAUGCCAGCGCCAGCGACGCGGAGCUGUGCUGCAUCUGCUUCGACCAGGCGUGCACGAUGGAGGUGCAGGACUGCGGGCACCAGAUGUGCGCGCCGUGCACGCUCGCGCUGUGCUGCCACAGCAAGCCCGACCCGGUGACGCUAGCGCUGCCGUCGCCAGCCUGCCCGUUCUGCCGCGGCAGCAUCUCGCGGCUGCUGCUGGUGGCCCGGGCAAGCAGCGACGACGCAGACACCGAGAAGUCGGCGGCAGCGGCUGCGGCAGCGGCUGCCUCCUCCCCGCAGCUCGUCCGGCGGCGGUCCCGGCGGUCGCACAACCUCAGCGACGGCGGCAGCAGCAGCUUCAAGGGGCUGUCGUCCGCCGUGGCCGGUUCCUUCUCCAAGAUCGGGCGCGGGUCGAGCCGGACGAUGGCCGACAGCGACGGCUGCGGCGUGGACAAGCCCGAGCACGACCCGUGAUCGGCAUUGGAUCCUGCGCAUGUGGAGCCGAGCGCGGGGCCAUUUGCGGACAUCCAAUCGAAUCCAAGCCAAGCGUGACUGCUUGCUGCGAAAAUAACCGCAUCCUUUUCUUCUUCUUCUCCCCAUGUCCCUGUCUGUCAAUCCUAUUCUUGGGCGUGCCAGGAUUUGUUCACCUGGCCAUUGCCGUAUUCCAUUGUCACCGACCGGCUAUAGUAUAUAGUACUAGAUUCCAUUUC